AUGAGACGGGGGCCGCGGCAGGACCCCCGCCCUGCGAGGGACACGGGACUGAAUAGCAGUGAUGUGGCGGCGGGCGCGGAGCGCCCUCGCUCCGUGAGAAGAAACGUUUACCUGCUGACACCACUGGCGAGUUUUUCUACCGAAGACUUGGCGCAGCUGCGUCGCAGGUCCCCCGACGCGUAUCAGGCGCUCCUGCAGUACGAGCAGAUUUGCCGCCACGACACGGCGGUGAUCGAGGCCAAAGAGGCGGAGCUGCAGCGCUGCAUCGACGUCGGGCAGGAGGUUCUCGGGCAGUUGGACCAGUUGAAGGCCCGCUGCUCGCAGCUCGCGGACGAGCGAGACGGGGCGGACGCAAAAGCACGGGAGCUUCAGCAGCAAGUGAUGGGUUUAGAAGCCGCACUGCACCGAGGCGAGGGCGAGCAGCCGUCGGCGGCGGUGCAGGGAGAGUCAAGGAAAACGCAGGAUGCGCUCCGCGAGCAGCUGCGCCACUGCGAGACGGCUGUACAGCAGUCGCAAACACACGAAAAAGCUCUGGAAAGGGAGUUGCAGGAGCAACAACUGCUUCAUGACGCGCUAAAGCGGGAUCUUGAAACGGCCACACAAACCGCACGGAUCGCUGGCGUGAGAAGUGAGGCGGCGGAAACGGCGCGCCGCUCUGCAGAGGCCUCUUUGCAAGAGAUGGGGUCGCGCGUGGAAGCGCAGGAGAGGGAAUUGCUGCGCGCCCGCGCGGCUCAGCGUGAGUUGGAGGAGGAGCUUCGGCAACGGCAACAGGAAUGGGCGACGGCGGCGGCACUUCAACACGACGCGAAUAAACCAUCCGCUGAGCUGCUCACUGCGGCUGCCAUGCUUGUCACGCUACAUCAGCAGCUACAGGAGCUUGCCCAGGAAACAGGGCGUAGCCACAGCAGGAAGCAGCAGCCGUCGCCAGUGGCGUUUGCGCAGUUCACGCGGCUGCGCUUGCCGACGGUAGCGACAGUCGGCGCCACGGCGGAAUCCGCUCUCGCCCCAGGGCAGCUGGAGCACUGGUUUGCUGACUCCCUAGAGGAGACCUCGCACCUUGUGCACGAACUCUCGCGGGCUUCGCAGCAUGCGGAGGAGCGUUUGCGUCGCUGUACCUCCGAGGUAGAGCACGUCAACGCCGAACGACAACGUGCGCAUGAAGAGGUCCUUAAUUUGGGUCGAGAGAAUGAACAGUUACGGCUGGCGCUUGUGGCGCUGAAGGAGGAGGUGCAAGCGUUAGAUGCGCAGACAGACCGUCUGCGCGAGGUAGACUCACUCGAAGUGCGACGGGAGGCCAGUUUGCGUCUCGCGGCACUAGAGGAGGAAAAACGUGCGGAACAGGCAGCGCACCAGCGUGAGUUGGAGCGGACGCGGCGCCAGGGCGCCCUGGAGCUUGCCAGUCUUAAGGAAGACCUGGAAACCGAGCGGCGCACGCUGGAGCGUGAGGUUCGUUCACUUCGCGCCGAACUCAACCAAUGGCGUGCAGAAGAAAAGUCGGCGGCGGCAUCUGCAGGGCGUGUGGCGACCGCACUGUCGACUUCGAAUGACGAGCAGUUGGCGGCGAUGAAGCGGCAGCAACUCGCAUUGCAGGACAAGGUUGAGGAGCUGGGGGCGGAGAACCUUCGGUUGCGUACAAGGGCCUUGCAGGAGUUGGAGGAGUUGCGCGCAGAGAAUACUCGUUUGGAGCAAGCUGUGCAAGACGGCAGGACCCGCUACCAACGGCAGGCGCAACGACACGAGGAGGCGAUGGAGAACUUAGAACAGUCAAAGCAGGAGCUGCAGCGGCGGCUUCGUGAAGAGGAGUCGGCUGCCCUGCGCCGGAUAGAGGAGCUGCAACUUGGGGCGGAACGCAUGAGCGCUGUCGAGCGUACGUUGAGGGGCGAGUUGCUCAACGUCUGCUCCCAGUUGGAGGGCACGACGGCGGAGAGGGAGCGGGCAAUGGCGCUGCUGCGUGAGAGUCACGAGGCGGAGCUGGCCGAAGUCCAGCGCGAGCUGGCGACGGUGCGGCAGUGCGUCGAAGAGAAGAACUCGCGUCUCACUGCGGAGAAUGAUGACCUUCGGCAGCAGCUGGAGCGGACGCAGUGCACCAAGGCGGAGGAGCUGGGGGCGAAGGAUGUGGCCAUCGCAGCGCUGAAUCGCCAGUUGUGUGACGCCGGAAUUGAGGCGGCGAAGAUGCAGGACGCCAUUCAUCGCUCCACACAAAAGGCAAAGGGGUUGGAGGAGGAAACCGUCCCUGUCGACCGCUACGAGGAGAUUGAAACGGAGUUGAUGCAGGAACGCGAGCAGGUGCAGGCGCUUGUUAGUUCACUGAAUGCAGCACAAGCGCAGCUGGACGGGCUGCGGGGGAAUUUGGAUGAACAGCGGACGUGCGUGCGGGAUUGUCUGCGGCAACUGCCGCCUUGCCCUGCCCGACAACUUGCGGAGGUCGCCUCGCUGCUGCAGGCUAUUCAAAAGAAGACGACCACGCGUCUCCUUGCCAUUCUUGACGACCCACAGCUGGUCUACGUGCCAAGGUUCAGCUUGCAGCGGGAAGAGGCGGAGGUGGCGACGCCGCGUGUCUCCAUUGACGGUGCAACCCCCAUGUCUACAGGAAUGCAGCGCGUUGAUUUCUCUCCCGUAGUGUCUCCACCAAACACUUCGCCACUUCCACCGCUGCUUCAGCAGCAGCAACAGCAACAACAGCAGCUGCGCGUGGAGCCGAGCGGGAGUCGAACCCUCUCACCACCGACUUCGACAUUGGAAGACGACCUGAGUCCUCCUUCUACACCAGGUGUCUGGCAACCUCAUGAGCUCGCUGCGGCCUUCUCCAGCGGCCUCCACAUAUUUCUCCGUGAUCUGACACUGUCAAUCGAGCAGGUGUUGCUGCGGCCCUACACCCAUGCGUGGGAGUCCUUAGAGCGCCUAUGUCGUCUCUGCCUCGGUGCCUCCCCCACGACCGCCACGACUGGCCUCAGUGCCACACCUAAAGCUCAACCGGUGGCCACCGACGGCGGCGUCGCGGGCAGCAGUAAUGGAGGCCUAAAUGACGAGAAUGAAAAUAAUUCCGCAGCAGCAACAACAACAAGCGUACGCCACGAGGACGCAAACGAUGACGCCAUGUGGGGUGUUGUGGCCGGCAGAAUCGUGGAGGCCUACGUGGAUGCCUGCGCAGUGGUGCUUAGGCGCGCGUAUCGUGCCACAGCUAGCUGUCCGCGCGGCGGGGAAGAGACCCCACAGAGGACCAGUCAGCACCCAAACAUGCAAGGCGAGGAGCGCGUGCGUCACGGUGCUUGCGUGGGGGAGGAGCGGGAGCGGGAGCGGGGGCCGGCACUGUUACUGCAGCUGGCGACAGCGCACUCAAAGGCGGAUGCAGCGCAGCGUUCCGCUGAGGAGGCAAAUGCCGAGCUAGGAAAGGUCUCCUCGCGGUACAAUGAGAUUUGUACGCGUGUGGAGCACCUUCAAGAGCAACUUGCUGCCAAAAAGCACGAAUUCGAAACAGAACGAGGACAAUGGCGUGAGACGGUUAGUAAACUUCAGCUGGAGCUUGCGGCACGACGGCAGAGUGAGGAGGAACGGCAGAAGCAGCUUUUGCGAGAGGCAGACGAGUUGCGGGUGGAGCUGCAGAACGUGCAGACCCAACUACGUGCUGCACGUGACGAAGAAGAGCAAAUUCGCCGUGACGCGGGUAAGACAAGGGAGGAGAUGCAGGAGGAGACGCGUCGUCUUGAGCGGGAGUUGCAGGCGGCACGCGCCGCACAAGAGAAGGCGAGGCAAGCACAGCACGAGGCCCGUGAAGAACUAGCGGCGGCCAAGCUGGCGCUACAGCAGCGGCAGGACAGUGGCGUGUCGCGGGUGAAACAGGCGGAACAGGAGAUUGAGAAGCUGCAACAGGAGCUUAGCGAGGCACGCGCCGCGCAUCACUCUGUGCAGCGUUUGCUGCAGACGGAAAAGCUUCGUAGCGAGGCCGCGGAGGGUCACUCGACGGACCUCAGCAACCAACUGACGGAACAGCACCUGCAAACAGAGACGCUCGAACACCGUGUGACGGAGCUGCAGGAGGCAUGGUGGCUUCAACAGGCGGCAAUUGACGCGAUGACGCAAGAAAGUGAGGCGCUGCAAAAAGUAAAUCGCGUCCUGGAAGAGCGGCUUGCAAAGGUGGAAAGCGAAAGAGAGCCCUUGCGGCAGCAGCUCCAGAGCCUGAUUUUGCUUGAGCCGCGUUGA